AUGUUCGAGAAGCAAGCUGGCGUGGAGUUAUUCGAUCUUAUCGAUGUACUUCAUGACUUGCGACAUGAAGAAGGAACACCGGUGAGCGCUCAUAUCCUUAAGAUGAAAGGAUAUUUUGAGCAGUUGGAGAGGUUGAAUUAUCCUUAUGCAAAGCAAGUACAAAUUGGUCUGAUUCUCAAGUCCUUAUCUAAGGAUUUUGAAGAGUUUGGACGCAAUUAUACUAUGCAUAGCAUGGAUAAAACCGUUAUGGAACUUCUUGCCAUGGCUAAUGAGUUUGAAAAGAAGUUGCCAAAGAAAACUGCUACUCCCAAUGUUCUCAUGAUCAAAGGGGGAAAGGUCCAAAAAGGCAAACAACCGAAGGGAAAGGGCAAGGCUGAAGGGGCUUAG